AGCUUUGUUGGGGCUGAAGACCAACGAGUUUGACGCACCAAAAGAACCAAAAUGCUGCAUGAGGGAAUCCAAAUCAAAGAGCCACAGGUGCACAAUAAUUGUCCAUUAUAACCCGAAUCGACACGCCAAGCCUUCCCCAUCCCUGGUUCAUCGAGGCUGAGGCCGGAGUCCACCUCUCGACUAAGCCACACUCUUCAUUCGUAUUCUGACUUGUUUCUUGAUCCUUCAGCCUCUCUUUCAACUUCAUUCUUUUCAUUUCCAGCUCUCAGCUGAGUCUCUCGUUUCUCUUUUAACGACGCGUCAUCCUCUGGAGUGACCUUGUGAACUCAUUUUCCCAAUACACUCCUUAUAUCAUUACGCUUUGGAUUGCGGUUUAUCACCGAAUUCUGUGAGCCUCGUUGGAGACCUCACGCCUCAGAGCACUCCAUACACACGCCAAGACGGACCAGGAUGCUAUGGAACCGACUUGCACAACCGGCAAGGGGCUAUGCCCGGCGGGGCCUGCCAAGACUUCGGUUUAAUAACCGUGUUGUGGUGUAUACACCGAAGCGGUUCAACUCAAACCCUCAGAACACCGGGCAAUAUACCCCGGACCCUACCGACCAGCCUGAUUCAGAUGAGGGCAAAGGCCAAAGCCAUGGUCGCAAUGGCGACUCAGACCCUAACUUGAAAUCUACGAUUCUCAAGAUGCUUGAAACCGCGGCAACCACUGCGGCAUCGAUUUUCAUCUUAGGAGCGGCGGGUUAUGGGUAUCACCAGUACUACAAGUACUUGAUCCUGGACAAGAUGGACAAUGCGUUCAAACCAGGUGAUCCCGCCCUCGAGGUCGCAGGCGUUGUAUCUGGGAAGCAUCAGUACCAGCACGAGGAGCAUUGGGUUAUUCGCAAUGAGCAACCCAAGGUUGACGAUAUUGUAGCCGGGCGAAGAACGGGCCACUACUACCUAAUGAUCGGCGAAAAGGGCACGGGAAAGACCUCGAUGCUUCUAGAGGCCAUGCGCAAGAUCAAUGGCAAUAGCUGUGCGAUGUUCGAAGCGCACGCCGAUCUCGAGAUUUUCCGCAUCCGACUGGGUAAAGCCUUGGACUACGAAUUCCAUGAGGACUACAUCGGCAGCCUUUUCAGCAUCCGUGGGCCCAGGGACACUACUGCCCUUUUGGACAUUGAACGUGCCUUCAACAAGUUGGAGAAAGUGGCACUCACCAGAAGACGCUCCGGCUCGUCUCCGCUGAUCCUUAUUAUCAACAGCACUCAUUUGGUCCGAGACGACCAUGAUGGACAGGAUUUGCUAGAGAUGAUUCAGCAACGGGCGGAACAAUGGGCUGCCAGCGGCCUUGUCACAACCAUCCUCAACAGCGAUGAUUAUUGGGUUUAUGAGCGCCUGAAGCGUUAUGCAACCCGUAUGGAAGUCAUACCCGUGACCGACCUACCCAAGGACAAGGCGAUGGCUGCGUUGAAGAAGUACCGCGAGCAGUAUUGCAACCAGGUUCUCCCCUCAUCGACUCUGGAGCAAGUCUACGACAAAGUGGGUGGUCGCCUGUCCUUCUUGAGCCGUGUCGCCAAAUCCGACGAUAUGACCAAGACCUGCGACGACAUUUGCCGUGCCGAGAAGACCUGGCUUCUCAACAAGUGUUGGAUUCUCGGAGAGGAGAUGGAUGAUGAUGUGAUGGACGAACAGAAGUUCUCCUCUGCGGCUAUGGUCCUUGCCAAAGCACUUGUAGACCUUGAGAAAGAGAUGGAGCGAAACUAUGAUCCAGAAGGAGGCCACAUCCUACCAGAGAUCCCGCUCCACAAAGCGCGCGAGAUCAUGACCCGUGCCGACUUCAUCCAAUCUUACGAUCAUGAGAAUAUCUUCACCAUCGACUCGCGAGCCAUGGUGCGCGCCGAUUCAGUGCCCAUGCAACGCGCCUUCCGAGAGAUUUGCGCCAUCGAAAACUUCGAUUCGCACCUGGAUAGCACUCUGGAGCGUAUUGGCGACAUCGAGAGUCUUGGCCGUACUCGUGAGUUGACGAUCAAGGACCUAUGGAACAAGGGCAAGUACAGAGUAGUGGUGAAAGACAACCACGGACGUGAAAGUGGCACUGUGGAAUUUGCCGUGGCAGAGACAGAGGAGGACUAA